AUGAAAAUUUUCCUGCUCUUUUUUACUCUAUUUAUCUGGAUUCAGGAGAAGCAUGGCUUCAAUCUUCCAAGGGAUGAAGUUUUGUGGGCUCUCCCACAAACAGACAGACAGGUUGAAGCCCUUCAGAAUUUACUGAACAACACUGAGGUCAUUCUCUGGCAGCCUGUUAUGGUUGAAAACAUCAAGAAGGACAUAGAAGUCCAUUUCUACGUCAGUGUGUCCAUUAUAAAUAUUAUAAAGGCUGAGCUAAGGAGACUGACCAUCCCGCACAAAGUUUUGAUGGGAGAUGUUCAAGGACUUAUUGAAAAACAGACUAUCAAUGACACAGUCAAUCCACGCAGCUCUUCAUCAUAUUAUGAAAACUACCAUUCUCUGAGAGAAAUAUAUUUUUGGAUGGAAGAAAUGGUAAAAAUCCAUUCUGACCUCCUGCAGAAAAUAUAUAUUGGAUCCUCAUAUGAGAAACGACCACUUUAUGUUCUUAAGCUUUCUAGAAGGCAAGAAAAAGCCAAAAGUGCCAUAUGGAUUGACUGUGGUAUCCACGCUAGAGAAUGGAUUUCUCCUGCUUUUUGCCUGUGGUUCAUAGGCCAUACAACCUAUUUACGUGAGAGAGAUCAGACCAUGUCAACACUUCUGGAGCACUUUGAUUUCUACGUCAUGCCUGUGGUGAAUGUGGAUGGCUAUGAUUACACAUGGAGUCACCCCUCCAAACGGCUGUGGAGAAAGAGCCGCUCAUCACAUGGUAACAGCAAAUGUAUCGGUACUGACAUGAACAGGAAUUUUGAUGCACAGUGGUGUGGUGAAGGAGCAUCUUCUUAUGAAUGUCAUGAGAUAUACUGUGGACCCUAUCCAGAGUCUGAACCAGAAGUGAAAGCAAUGGCUCGCUUUCUCAGAAACCAUAAAGACAUCAUAAAAGCAUACAUAACAAUGCACUCUUACUCCCAGAUGGUAUUGUUUCCAUAUUCUUACACUACCAACAAAAGCAAAGAUCAUGAUGAGCUGGAGAGUCUAGCAAACAAAGCAGCUAGAGCUAUUAAGAGGACAACAAAAAAAACAUACAGACUUGGUGCAGGUGCACAAACAAUUUAUUUAGCUCCUGGAGGUUCAGACGACUGGGCUUAUGAUCUUGGCAUUAAAUAUUCUUUUACUUUUGAGCUUCGGGACACGGGAACUUAUGGAUUUUUGCUUCCUCCUCAAGAAAUUAAACCAACUUGUUUAGAAGCACUUGCUGCUGUCAAAGAGAUAGCCAAACACAUUCUUCAGAAUCUGUGA